AUGGUCCAAGAACGAGCUCAACCCAUAUCAGACAUAGAAGCAUGGCUACUAAUCACACUGGAUCAUUACCUUUCUCAACGCGUCAGUAAGAUGCUUGUGUCUAUGGCACUGGCUUCACGACUUGCUUAUAUCCUUCGUCUCAACUACGAGGAUACUCGACAAGGGUUUCUAGUACAAGAGCGUCGGCGACGAUUGAUGUGGUCCAUCUACGUCAUGGACUCGCUGUACUCAAGUGGAAAGGCCGAGUUCACUGCCUGCACAGCUGAGACUCUUCAUAUCCGACUACCGUGUAACGAAAAGUCCUUUUCCAUGGACAUACCAGUAACCACUGAACCACUGCAUCCGCCAUUGCAUUCUGAUUCAACCAGUAUGAGCCUUCUGGGCUACUGCAUCCGAGUGCUAGAUAUCCGUAAUCGCACACAAAGGCUUGCUCUUACCAUUACCAAUCACCGAAAGCCCAUCGAAGAAUGUCUAGUAGCCGUUGAAUCCAUCGAAAACGAGUUGCGGCAGUUUUCCGUCUUACUUCCAGCUCGCUAUCAUUUGAACCCGACAGCAUUCUCACUGCGGGCAUUCUCGCCCUCUCGCACACCAUUCAUAAUGCUACAUGCUUGGUGGCAUCAAACGCACUGCGAUCUUUUUCGUUUCACUAUCCCCGGCUUCCGAGAGGGUCUUCCUGCAUCCGAAAUACUACAAAUAUCGCCCGAGUUCACAGCGUCUUGUCGUGAAAAGUGCCUCUUCCAUGCUGUCUCUGUUUCCAAAAUCCUCGAGAUGCCAAAAGCUGUAGGAGGCUCUGAAUUAAUCAGCGAUUCGUCUAUGGCCAUGUGCGCAUUUCACUCUGCAAGAAUCAUCUCAAGACUCGGACAGUAUCCUAUGGGUGAUAUGCCUCAAACGGGACUGGUUGCUAGACUGAUGGCUUGUGCCGAGGCCCUCGAAGAGCAAGCUACGCUUCUGCCCACAACAGCGAUACUAUUAAAGGGCAUAAGAGAUUUGGUGAAUGACGCACAAAGGAACCGAGAUGGACCGUAUGCGUGUCCGUCAAUUUGGGAGGAGGAAGAAACCGAAAGCAACAGACUUUCACAAACUCCCCAAGUAGCUCAAGGCAACUCGGCAGUAAAGGAAGUCUUCUCCAAGCAUAGCACCACAGACGUCAUUCAGAGUUUGCAUUUUCAAUCAAGAGAGCAAGGCGACACACCUGAGGCCCGAGAAGUAUUAACUACUCAUGCUGCCCUUUCUACCUCACUAGGUGUCGUGGCAGCAGGAAUAACAGCGGCGCCUGGCUCAGAGUUUGUUCCUAUUAACGUCACGUCCCAUCCAUCUGGGACCAUGGACUCUGAGGUAAUUGACUUUGGUGGGUUUUUUGGAGAAGCAGAACCACACGUGGAUAACCUUUUGGCGAUUGGGCUUCAUGGUCAGUAUGGUUCUGGGCAACCGGAUGUGUUUAUGGACUCGUUUUGGCCACUGUGUGAUGGAGACUGGACCAUGCCGGAGGCGGAUACCCUUUAA